UCCGUGAGGAAUAACAGAAAGGCAGACUAGUGAAUCGCACAGAUGGGAAGGAGGAAAACAAGAGCACGUUUACCUGCAAGAAAUCCCGCCCCCUCUCUUGGUUAGUCCAAUCACUGGAGCCUGUUUGGAGACAGUGAAGCACUGAGCGGUGCAUUGGGGGCAGGGAAGAGGGAACGCUGGUAAACAAUAAGCCCUAGCCUGAAAAGGUGCCUCUUCCCUCCUCUGUCGUCCCUCUUCCCUCCUCCCUUUCUCCCUCCUCCUCCUCCUUCCUCUCUCCUCUUUCCUUCUGUUGAGGCUGCCUCCACCUUCUGCACCACCGCCUGCAGCAGGAGCCUGGCGCUGUUGUCCCCUGGCCACCGCCCCCGGGGCAUGGCAUAUCUGAUGGCAGCUUUCUCAGUGGGCACGGCUCUGAAUGCCAGCAAUUAUUCUUCUGGUGUAACAGAGCCAAAGUCAGUCUGUGUCUCAGUGGAUGAGGUGCUUUCAAAUAGUAUGGACAGUACAGAGACUGACCUGCUGAAUGGACACAUGAAAAAGGUUGAUAACAAUCUGACUGAAGCACAGCGUUUCUCCUCCUUGCCUAGGAGGGCAGCAGUGAACAUUGAAUUUAAAGACCUUUCCUAUUCUGUCCCGGAAGGACCAUGGUGGAGGAAGAAAGGAUACAAGACUCUUUUGAAAGGAAUUUCAGGGAAAUUCAGCAGUGGAGAACUUGUUGCAAUCAUGGGUCCUUCUGGAGCUGGAAAAUCAACACUCAUGAACAUCCUGGCAGGAUACAGAGAAACAGGAAUGAAAGGGUCAGUUCUCAUCAAUGGACUGCCUCGGGACCUCCGCUGUUUCCGUAAGGUAUCAUGUUAUAUUAUGCAAGAUGACAUGCUGCUUCCUCAUAUUACCGUGCAAGAAGCCAUGAUGGUUUCUGCUCAUCUAAAACUUCAAGAGAAGGAUGAAGGCAGAAAGGAGAUGGUGAAGGAGAUCCUAACAGCUUUGGGUCUGUUGUCCUGUGCCAACACAAGAACAGGAAGUCUUUCUGGGGGCCAGAGAAAGCGACUUGCCAUUGCCUUGGAAUUGGUGAACAAUCCACCUGUCAUGUUCUUUGAUGAACCUACCAGUGGUUUGGACAGUGCCUCGUGUUUCCAAGUUGUCUCAUUGAUGAAAGGUUUGGCCCAGGGAGGCAGAUCCAUCAUCUGUACAAUCCACCAACCCAGUGCUAAACUGUUUGAGCUGUUUGAUCAGCUCUAUGUCCUAAGUCAAGGACAAUGUGUAUACCGGGGGAGAGUUUCAAAUCUAGUACCAUACUUGAGAGAUUUAGGUCUAAACUGUCCAACUUACCACAAUCCAGCAGAUUUUGUAAUGGAGGUUGCAUCUGGUGAAUAUGGUGAUCAAAAUAGUCGCCUGGUGAGAGCUGUACGAGAGGGUAUGUGUGACACUGAAUUCAAGAGAGAAUAUGGGGGUGAUGCUGACUUGAACCCUUUCCUUUGGCACCGGCACUCUGAAGAGAACUCUGUCUCUUCUGAAGGCUGUCACAGCUUCUCAGCCAGCUGCCUCACUCAGUUCUGUAUCCUCUUCAAAAGAACAUUUCUCAGCAUCAUGAGAGAUUCGGUAUUGACACAUUUAAGGAUCACAUCACACAUUGGGAUUGGACUUCUCAUAGGCUUGCUAUAUUUAGGAAUUGGGAAUGAGGCAAAGAAAGUCUUGAGCAACUCUGGUUUCCUCUUCUUUUCCAUGUUGUUCCUUAUGUUUGCUGCACUAAUGCCUACUGUCCUCACAUUUCCUCUUGAGAUGGGAGUUUUUCUUAGAGAACAUCUAAAUUAUUGGUACAGUCUAAAGGCCUACUACCUGGCCAAGACCAUGGCUGAUGUUCCCUUUCAGAUCAUGUUUCCAGUAGCCUAUUGCAGUAUUGUAUACUGGAUGACUUCUCAGCCAUCUGAUGCUCUCAGAUUUGUCCUAUUUGCCGCAUUGGGGACAAUGACAUCACUGGUGGCUCAGUCUCUGGGUCUCCUGAUUGGUGCAGCCUCUACAUCAUUACAGGUGGCAACAUUCGUAGGACCUGUGACAGCUAUCCCGGUCCUUCUUUUCUCAGGAUUCUUUGUCAGUUUUGAUACUAUUCCAGCAUAUCUGCAGUGGAUGUCCUAUAUUUCUUAUGUCAGGUAUGGGUUUGAGGGAGUCAUUCUCUCCAUCUAUGGUUUGGAUAGAGAAGAUCUUCAUUGUGACAUUGAAGAAACUUGCCACUUUCAGAAAUCAGAAGCCAUACUGAAAGAACUGGAUGUGGAAAAUGCCAAACUUUACUUGGACUUUAUUGUUCUUGGGAUUUUCUUCAUCUCCCUUCGCCUCAUUGCCUAUUUUGUCCUCCGAUAUAAAAUCCGAGCAGAGAGGUAAAACAUUCUAGUAGGGAGAAAAUUAAAAUUUGCAAUUAAAGGCACUUGUCUUGUGUUUUCAGGUCAGUAUCUUACCCAACUCUAAAAACUAUAUUACAUUUCUGGAUGUCAAGUGUUCAACUUCUCAGACCAGUUGGGUUGGGUUACCUCUCCAUUGUCCUCUAUAAUUUUAACUAGGAAGAAGAUAUAGAAGAGUUUUUUUUUAAAAAAAAAAGCAAAAUUUAAUACUCAAGGAUGAUGUACCUAAAAUAUUACUGGUGACUGGAUAUUUCCUUUACAAAAUUCUUCUUUAUGACAAGAUGACUUGAGGUCCUGGACAUGGAAUUAUGAAGCAAUUCCUUCAUAGAGAACUUUUUCAGGAACUGAUCACUUUGUAUAUCAGGAUGGGAAGAUAAGAAGCUGGAACACAGGGUUAUCUUUCUCUUUCUUUUUCUUUAUUAAAAAAUUAAUUUUAAUUUUCUAAGGUUUGUCUCCUUAUGACUAUUUUUCUCAAGAAGUAACUUCCCAUGCCAAAAAUGUACAAAUCUCAUUCACAUACAAAAAUGUAUCUUUUAAAUAUUAUUUGUGGAAAAUAUUUUAGAUUAAAGAAUUGUAAUUGACUGUUUAAAGGAGUCUCAGAUUUACAAACUGGUCUCAUUUAAGGUUCAGAUUUUGUGGAAGGAUAAAAAAAAAUGUUUCAGGUUGAGUCAUACACCUUUAAACCACAUUUUAAAAUUUGCGUAACAUACUGAGAAUAGUUUUUUUUAAAAGACAAAGGAAAUAAACAUAAAACUUGGCCAACUCAUCUGAAAAAAAUGUCUUCCAGAUACUUCAUGUUUCAGGUAAUAAAAAUUAGUAGCUCUUUCACUUCAGUGGAUGGUAUGCUUCUUGGUUGGAUCUGACCACUACAAAGAAAAAACCCAAAAAACUAAAGGUUCCAUUUAAAAGUGAAUUUUAGGCUAAGACAGUGAAUGUAAAACUGACAUUGUAGAAUGGAAACACCAUAUGUUGACUAUAUGUUAUUAGCAAUUAUUGUGAUUUGUGUGGAAGUGGUUGAGAUAUUUAUGAGGGUAUUUCCUAGAGCAGACUAUGUACUUCUGUGUAAUUUUACUAACCAAUUUCUUUUCACUGAAUCUCAGCUACAUUACACAAAAGGGAAGAUGUUAUAUCUUUACAUGCAGCACUAACUAUUGCCAUUUCACUUUAUAAACUUUGAACCAAGUUGGGCCUAUGGUAGGUUUUUUCCACUCAUUUGAAUUGUAAGAAAAUGAUAUAAAAUCCUUUGGAGUAGAAAUUAUUAAUAUGUCUUGCAGGAAUGCCAGGGAAUGUUUGAUAUGUUAGAUUUCAACAAUUCAGGACUCUCUCCACAUUGUACACAUAUUUCCUAAACACCAAAAAAAGUGGUAGGCAAUUCUAAUGUAAAUCAAGAUCUUUUUAGGGAAGUAUUCUGUUAAUAAGAGAAGUCUCUUUACCACUUUCAAUCUCACUAUAUACUCAUCUGUAAAAUACGGAAUUUGAGCUAGAUUAUUUCCAAGGUUACAUCCAGUGUUUAAAAAAAAAUUCAGUGAAGUCUUUUCAUUUGAUUAUUUUGCAUAGUAGCAUAUCAGUGUGCUGGUCAGUUAGGCAAACUACAUUGCUGAUUGAACGGGAGUUAGUAAAUAGUGCCUCUGGUUCUUCUGAAGCCAGACAAUAAUUUACAAUGCUUUUAAAAACUAAUAUGCUCAGGUUACUAUUACUUCUUAGUGACACCUUCAUAUAUCCUAGAAAUAUCAAAACAUCAAUAUUGCUAACCUGAUUUUGUAAUCUUGGUAGUGUAAGAAACUAACUUUUUCCUUCCCUAGGGCUUAGAAAGGGGUAAAGAAAAACUUGGAAUUUUACUGAAAGCAAAAGUUGAAUGAUUUAGUUGACAAAUACAUGGAGAUCUUUUUGCAUUUAUGAAUUGGGUUCUAUGUAUGUGUCUUGGCUGAUAAGAAAGUAUUUGUGAAUAUUAAGGAUUGAAUUUAUUUUUGGAAAGUACCCUGAAGUUAUAUAAUUUGAACAGCAUCUAAAUGACUUAUAUGGGCUUUAAUUCCAGACUAGAUUUGCCUUAGAAGUAAGCAGAAAUAAUGCAAAAGCAAAUCCUGAAUAUAGAGACCUCAUGAACAAUCUAACCAAAAACAAAAUUAGAGAAAGAGAAAACUGCUCUUUCUUUUCCCAUAAUAACUUGCUUGGGGAGAAUAUAUUUGAAGAUUUUCUUUUGAAGAUCCUUUAUUAACAAGCCUGUUCAUUCAUGAAAUAGUAUUCAACAGCAAACUGGAAAGUUUCAUUUGCAGAGGUGUAUGUAUGUAUGUAUAUGUAUAUGUAUCUAUGUGCAUAUACAUAGAUGUGUGUGUUUGAGGGGGUAUGCCAUGUAGACAUUAUGACAUUUCUAGUUUUGUUGGUGGUACUACUUCCAUCUCAAAGUCAACCCCAUCUUGUUUAUUGGAUCCAUUGCUGUACCUCUUAUUGUACUAAGUUUCUAAAGACGGUCCUCUUUUGUUCAGGAUUUGAUUUUCUUGUAUUUCAAAAGCAAUGAAGCCUUCUAAAAUAAUAAUGUCUCUAAAGUUUUAUUUUUCCUGUCUUUUAAUUUCCUUUAAAACUUCAGAUACUGAGGGCAUUGAGAGGUAGAUUCCCAAGAUAUCUAAAAAAGGGGAAGAGACCAAAUAAUUGGGAAAAAAAUUGCCGACAGAAUUAUUAUGGAGAAAAAUGAUUGACAGUAUAUUGGUUAUAUUGAUACCUACCAUCUCACAUACAUACUUUCUCACCUCUACAAAUAUCUAUGAGAAUAAUCUACAAACAUAUGGAGGAAACCCUUACUAAAAUAUGAGGUAGAAACAUUUUCAUAAAUUAUAUUCUACAGCAAAUUAUAUCUUUAUGGUUAUACAACUGACUGAAAGGAAGGGACAGAGACUAUAGGAUCCCACUUUGUCUAUUCCGUAUUCGUUUUACAUGUGUGUAUGAAUGUAUGUUCAUAGUUAUAGUAUCUGGUUAGGUAUAAAAUAAUGUAGCCUUUACGGCUACAUUGGUCAAAAUUAAGGCUAUAGAUUUUGAGCUAGAAGGUACAUAAGAGGUCCCCUCCGUUUUAAAAAUGAGAAAGCUGAGGUCUAGAGAGGUUAAGCCCAAGUCCAUAUAGGUGAACAACACCUUUGGAAUGUUUCAAAUUUAGCACUCUUUCCACCAUCCAUAGAUAUCAUGAUAGUGGCAACUGUAUGACAAUCAAUCCUUACAAAUAUCAAGUGAGGAAUAAACAAGCAUGUGAAUAUUAGACAAGAGAUACUGUCAUCUUGGAGAAUCUUUAGGGCAAAUCUCUCAUAGAAGAGGUAUUUAAUUCUUAUGUUGAUAUUUUUGUGGACUGGAUGAAGAAUCAAGACAUUAUAGAUGAGGAAUACCUAUUGUUGAAAAUGAAAUGCACUUGGUUACUUAGCCCAUUGACCAGGUCCAUCAGCACUGCAGAUAGACAAUAAUCUAGGCUGAGAAUUAAGCAGGAAAAGACAAGGCUGGAUAGCAUUCGAGAAAAUGGCACAUUCAUCAAUCCCAAUAUUCCCUUUGAAGCAAAACCUAUUUUUCUAGUAAUGCUAUAAUAACUGAAAAUCAUUGCACAUAAUAAUCACAUGGUGAGAAACAUGUGCUCCAAUAUUAUCUGUGCAAUAUUAAGAGAUAUAGGGAAAGACCCCUAGCAAAAUUUAGAUGGAAUUCAUCUGGAGAAUUUAUGGGAAGAUAUGGAUAAUACUUAAACAAGAUAAGAAAACAUGAAUAGAUUAUGAUCUGUACCAUUGAAGGGAAUGCCUACAUCAAUGAGAUCAUAACUACAUCAAAAUAUUUUAGAAAAAAGUAAUAGUCUUUCUUCAAGUCCUCUGAAAUGUUUUAUUCAUGUACUUUCAGUAGCUUUAUUUUUAUUUUAUUUUUUUGUGGGGCAAUGAGGGUUAAGUGACUUGCCCAAAGUCACACAGCUAGUAAGUGUCAAGUGCCUGAGGUCGGAUUUGAACUCAGGCCCUCCUGAAUCCAGGGCCAGUGCUUUCUCCACUGUGCCACCUAGCUUUCCCUCAGUAGCUUUAUUUUUAAGGGUUAAACUUAUUUCUCCAUCAUGCUUAGAUUUGAAAUACAGCUUUUCUAAACAUUCAUUUUUGUGUGGUUUGCCAAAUGUGUUAUUUCUCAUAAAGUAUACCAUCAGCCUUCAUAAAUGGUUACAUUUGCUUCAUUUCUUGAAAAUAGUAAAAUAAAUCAUUUGGAGGUCUGCUUUUUUCUUAGAGAUGCACUCUUUCAUAUAUUGCCUAAAGUAUUACUUUUUCUCUAAAAUCAAAACCUUUCUCAAAAAUCAAAUUCUUCUAAGGCACCCUUUCUCAGAGAUAUAGUAAAAAGGAAAUAGUACUUCUGUCAUGUGUCUAAGUUAACCUAUAUAGCUAAACCAAUUAGGAGGAAAUGAUGAAACAUGUUAUAGCUUCUACCUGCUUAAGUUUUUAUGCAAAUUCAAAUCUGUCCUCUUCCAGGGGUCUGUUACUAUUAACAGAGCAAAAAUGAAAGUACAUAAUUUUUUUUUUUUUUUGGUGAAGCAAUUGGGGUUAAGUGACUUGCCCAGGGUCACACAGCUAGUAAGUGUUAAGUGUCUGAAGCCGGAUUUGAACUCAGGUACUCCUGACUCCAGGGCCGGUACUCUAUCUACUGUGCCACCUAGCUGCCCCCAUAAUUUAUUUUUAAUGGUUCUCAAGACAGAAGAUAUAUAAUUUAUACAUUUUGCUUAGAAAGCUUCACAUGGGAUUACUGCAAUCUUAUUGGUGAACUUUUAAAUUUAUCUUUAUUCAAAACUUUUUGAGCCCCACUUUUUGUACAAGUAUAUUUAAAGCAUUAAGUUCCCCAAAGGCUCCAGGUUCUCCAGGAAACUAAUGAGAAAUUAAUCUCAGAAGUAAGUAUCAUUUGAAAGUAUAAAAAAUGUUAAAUGUAAAUGUAUACAUUAAAGCAAGGUUUGGCAAACAACAGGCUAUUGCUUGUUUUUUGUUUUUGUUUUUUGUUUUUACUGGAAGUGAUCUAAGAAUUUAUUUUACAUUUUUAAAUAAAAUUUUAUUGCGUUGAAAAAUGUAAAAAUUAGUCAGCUUGUGGGUAAUCAAAAAACAGGCAACUGGUAGAUUAGGCACUGGGGGAUAGUUUGAUGACCCUGAACUAAAGGAAUUCAAAAACUAUAGCUGCUCCUUGGGAAGUAUCCCAGGAGCCCAAAGGAUAGGACUUAAUUCCUUAUUUAAUUCAAAAACCAGCUCUUUUCUCAAACCAGAGCAAAGGAAAUGAAAAGAUUGACAUGCAACAUUAGACAGAUUCUCUCAGCUCCUUUCUAACUCUAAGGCCCUAUGAUGUUAUAUGAGACAACAGAUCUUUCCAGUCUCGUUCAGUUACUAAGUAUAAAGGUGACAUAGGAAGACUUGGAUAUUAUUCAGAAUUCUAUUAAGCCUCUUUUUCCCCUGAUAGUAGAGCCAAUUAGACCAUUUAGGAUGAAUCCCUUGGCAAAAAAAUGUUUGAUUCAAUUCAAUAAGUAUUUGUUAGGUAGCUGUAAGACAGAGAUGUUAAAGUCAAAACUCACUGGUCAGGGGCAGCUAGGUAGCAUGGUAGAUAGAGCACUGGCCCUAGAGUCAGGGGGACCUGAGUUCAAAUCCGAACUCAGACACUUGACACUUACUAGCUGUGUGACCCUGGACAAGUCACUUAACCCCAAUUGCCUCACCAAAAUAAAUAAAUUGAAAACCCACUUGUCACAUGAAGUCUACCAAACUCCCAAGUGGGGCCUGAACCAGAUUAAUUGUGAAAUAUUUAACAAAAUCAAUAAAAAUACAAUGUAGAUCAUGUCAAUUUGUGGCUUUCUAAGUCAGUAUGUAGCCUGUAGUGAUCCAUUUGUAUUUGAGUUUGAUAUCACUGUUAAGGUAGUGUGAAUACAAAUGCAAAAUGAGAGUCUCUGCCCACAAUGAGCUUACAUUCCACAGGACAUUGGUUCCUUUCAUCUUGCCCUAGACUCUGACUUCUUCAUAGAGCUCUGCUCUAAACUAAGGAAUGAUAAUUCUCAUGAUUUUUUUACUGAAAUUAGUAUAGUAUGGUGAUUUCUCAAUCUGAUCAUAAAACUAAUUUUUAAAUCUACAGAGACCUUUUGUCUGCCAAAAGAAAAAUAUUUUUAAUUUCAUGUCAUUGAUGUGAAAAAAAUGGAACAUUUAGAGGUCUCCAGAGCUUAUGGGUUUCCUUUUUAAUUAGGGCUAUGAUUAUUAAAAAGCAUGAAUUAGAGAAAGUUUCCAAGUAUAGUGUUUAUGGGAAUAGAAUUGUUUGUUUUUGGUUUUUUACAAAUAAGAAAUUUCAGUAAAUGUUUUAUUUUUAAACCUUUAUUUUCUUGUUUUUAGGCUUAAAUUCUUGUAUUUUGGAUUUCCUAAAAGCAAUUCUUUUUGCAUGAUAUUUCUAAUAUUCCUUAUUAUAUGCUUUAGAAGGAAUUUGCUUUUCCUUGAGAUGUAAAAGAAAAAAGUAAAUCAUAAACUUUAUGAUCUUUAAGCAGAACGCAAUGUCCUACUUAGUGCUUGCGUAUACUAAUAUUUAGUAUUUUUCUUGCUAACACAAGUUUUCACCAUUUUUUCUCUGCUAGCCUGUGAACUUCUGUUGGUGACUUUGAAAAACACAAUGGCCCUGUCACACCGUUUUCCUCUUCCAAAUCACCCCAUAGUUUCAGUUGUCUCAGCUACCUCACUGCCAUAAACUUAGUGCCUAUUCUUAUGUUGUAGUGAUUCAGGAACACAAAUUUUUGUUUCCAUAUUUGCAGGUUCAGCAGCUCUGUGGUCAGGAAGCUAUCCCUUUCUGACCAUUUGUGAAGGCAUGUCACUGAGCUGACAUAAAGGCAUCUUAAAUGUUUUAUGCUUUUAUGCAAGUGUCCCAGUCAAUCCCAAGAAAAUAUGCCCAUUGUUGUUCUAAAGCCCAUAGCGCUAACAGCAAUCACUAGACCAGCAAUUUGCUGAGACGAUUUUUUCUCUUUAAAAACAAAUAAAACCUAAUUCCACCUCCUAAAUUCUACCAAGGAAAUUGAUAGUAUACCUCUUUAAAGGGAAUAUCAUGUUUAUUCCAUCACUAUUUUCUCCAUAUUUUCAAAAGCAGAAUUUUCAUGGGAAAUAAUCUUGAAAAUACAUUCAUUCUUUUUAAUCAUUCUUUACUUCUCACACUGCUGCCUUGUAUGGUUGCAUUUGUCAGGUUAAAAUCUCUGACUUUUUUUGAUUUACUAUAAUUGGAUCGGUUAAGAAAUUAAAGUUGAGAGAGAUUAAUUUGAGAUAAUAGAAAGAAUGCCCUUUGUUCAUCCCAGACUAGUUUUGUUUUCUUCUGAUGGAGUAUGAGCUAACCUACUUUGAAAUCUCCCUACCAGCAAAAGUGGUUUCACCAUGUUUUCUGACAAUUUUCCCUUUGCUAUGUCUUGACUCUCAACUCUCACAUAAAAUCAGUACCCUUGUAUGCAAACACUGGGUACAUUUUUUUUUUUUUGCUUGCUCAGGAAGCACUACUGUAAGGGAAUUUUUUUUUUAAAUCCUUUUACAAAUUCUUGUUAUUUGAAGCUCAGGGCCAUUCAUUCUGCAACUUUUGGUUGAAAGCCUAUCUUUUGUUAGUGUUAACUUUAUCUUACUUAAUGUUUAUGUGUUAAUUAUUUCUAUGUAUAAUUAACUUGACUCAUGGAAUAAUGAUAGUAUUAAGUGAAGACUCUUGACAUUCCUGAGAUAAACCAAAUAAGAGGAAGAAGGGAGCACAGUGAUUUAACUUUAGAACCUCCCCUAAUAUUUUAUAUGUGAAUGAAUUUCCCUUCACGUGGGGCCAAGUAUUUAUAACAUAUAAAUUCCUCCUUUUCAGUUAGCCCAUUGUGACCUUACAACAUAGCCUUAUGUGUUGUUGUUUUUUAAGGGUUUUUUGUUGUUGUUUUUGCAGGGCAAUGAGGGUUAGGUGACUUGCCCAGGGUCACACAGCUAGUGUCACAUGUCUGAGGCUCGAUCUGAACUCAGGUCCUCCUCAAUCCAGGGCCAGUGCUUUAUCCAUGUCACCACCUAGCUUCCCCCUUUAUGUUUUUUUUAAGUGUAGGAUUAUGCAAACCCAGUGUUUAAUUUGUAACCAGAUUUAGAUUACCUAUUAGAAUGUUUAAUUUCCCUUAAGGGAUGUUUGAAAUUUUGACUGUUUAAGUUUGUUCAACUUUUAUGACGUUGAGGGAAGCAUAGGAAUCUAUCUUUUCUUUCAUUUUGGGGACCUAAAAGGGAUAAACAAGAUUGCAGUAUGUAAAAGAAUUAUUUCUCUGUCACUGAUGUAAUUUUGUCUAUAAGAGGCGUUGUUACAAUGGUAAUUGGAGUUCAGGUUUAUUUUUCUCUCAGAUCUGAACCUAUGAUUAAGCAUAAUAGAACCUAGGUUUGUCUUACCUCCACAAAUUCUACAUGGUUGUAGUUUUAUUUCAGCAGCAAUUCCCUCCACACUGAACUUAAAGAAGAAAUAUUUCUCCUAUAAUACUAUGAAGUUUGAUUUCACCUGUUUCAUUUUCCUUCUUUCACCAUUCUCUCCACAUGCCCUCCUCCCCCAAUUCUUAUGGCUAAACUAGGUUAGGGAAUAGCAAAAGUGUAAAUGUUGUCUCAAACCAAAGAAAUCAAUGUCUGAAGUAGCAGUCAGAAAAGUUCAUUAGAAUGGAUUUACUUCAGGUACUUAAAUAUGUAUUCCACAGGUCAGCUGAGGUGGCUACUUGGUUUAUUAGAGCAGGUAGAAGAAGGGAUUUGAACUUCUUUGGAGGGGCAGAGGUUCUGACUUAAUACAUCAAGAAAAAAAAUCUUCCAUACAUUAAAAAAAUGGCAUGAUGUAAGUAAAUUACCAUAUGUUUAUUAGAGGAAAGCCACUGGGAUUCUUUCACUAUAUAGUAACCAUUGAUAAGUAUAAAAAAAAGGAGUUAAAACAUGAUAGAAUCUCAUUUUGCUAGAAAUCUAUACUAAAAGCUCAAGCAUUCAGUAACUGGGUUUUGCUUCAAUUUAUUUAGUAUGAGUGAACAAUUUAAUAUGGAUUCUUCUGUAACUAGCAUUGAAUCUGGCCUAUCUGCUGCCUUUUACCAUAAUUAAUGUAGGUAGUUUCUGUUCUUGCUUGUUUUAUGAUAGGGUUUUUUAAGAUCAUUUAUUGGACAUCUAAUCUUUCAGCCAAAUCUUAAGGAAAGGUAUGAUAUGUCAUACCCUUCAUUCUACCAAAGCACUGUACAUUUCAACAAGCAUUUUGCUGGAUAGCAAUGCUACUAUUUCUUCUUUAAUAUAUAUGUAAUGAAUAAUUAGAAUAUGGCUGAUUCUCUUUUUAAAAGGAAAUGAAAAGGUGUCACUAAGCUUUGCAUGUGAAUGUAAAUAUAUUUCUAAUGUGCACAUUUCAUUUUAUAUUUCAUUAGAAAUACUAACCUGGGGGCAGCUAGGUGGUGCAGUGGAUAAAAUACCGGCCCUGGAUUCAGGAGUACCUGAAGUUCAAAUCUGGCCUCAGACAAUUGACACUAGCUGUGUGACCCUGGGCAAGUCACUUAACCUUCAUUGCCCCACUUAAAGAAAAAAGAAAGGAAUACUAACCUAGUUAAUUUUGCUAACAAAAGAUGUUAUUUUUUUGUUAUUUUUUACACGAUAUCAUUCUUUUAAGUGUAAUCAUUUUAAGGUGUUAUUUUAAACAGUUCCAAGAACUGUAUCAUGUAUGUUAGCUAUAGAGUGUACCAUUUCUUUGGUAAUUUGUUCAUUGGUCUCUGUUGUCACCUAAGGCCAGUUCCCUUAACUUCAAAUGGAACACCACUAGAUACAUACUGCCCAUACUAGUACCCCUGUUUUAACUUUUUUUAGAUGUAUUAGACAAUAUUGGAAUUUAGACAAAUAAUCUUUAUAAUCUGCAAUACAGAGUUUUAUAUUCAUCUGUCUGCAUUCUCCACUAUGAACAAUAAAAAUUUGGUUCAAAUGUUGAACACCUUUUGACACAAUCCCCUUUCUUAUAUAGUCCAGUCAUACAUAUACACAUAUAUAGAUAUGCACACAUAUUAUAUGUGUGUAUAUAUACACACAUACAUAUAUGGGUGUGGAUAUGUGUUUAUGCAUAUGGAGUAAGUACCUUAAACCCUUGGAUCUAAGAGAUUAGAAUGUGUUAGUUAAAGCAAACCAAGCAUCUUGCUGCUUCUGAAAGCGAUAUAUUUUUAGUGAAUUUCAUAACUUCAAAUUUUCUCUUAUUUUUCAACCUUUACAUUUUCUCAUUAAAGAUAUCUAUUAUGGUACAAUAUAAUGGUCUCUAGCUUCAAGACAUCAGUCAGUGUGAAUCUCAUUUUUUUUUUUACUUUAUGGUUUUGCCACUAAAGGAUUUAGAUUUAAAGUCUCUGUCAUAUAAAUGAUGAUUAGAAAGUACUGCAAAAUGAUUGUAAUAUUUUGACUUUCCCUCCUAAAAAGGAAGGAGAUGAUCACUUUUUUAAAGGAAAUUGUGCAUUGAAAAACUUAAUAUAUCUGGUACUUUACCUAAGCUAUUUAGAAUGAUUGGUUCUAUGGGAGAGGAACUGGAUAUAUAUAUAUAUAUAUAUAUAUAUAUAUAUAUAUAAUAUAAUUGGAUAUAUUAUAUAUAUAUAUAUAUAAUAGGGAACUCCUAGAUUAGAAAGCCCUUUCUACCAAUGCAGGUUGGCAUCUUUACUGUAUCUUAUAGUAUUCAAGAAUUGCCUAGAACUGGUGUCAAACCCAAUUAAAGACUGUGGCCUGUUAAAAGAGAAACCAUUCAUAAGAAUCCUUGCCAGCUAUAUGUUGACUUAGAAAACCAGAUCUUAACAUCUUUGUCCUUUUGUAUGGGCAGCUAGGUGGCACAGUGGAUAGUAUGCCUGGUCUGAAGUCAAGAAGAUAUCUUCCUGAGUUCAAAUCUGGCCUCAGACACUUACUAGCUGUGUGACCCUGGGCAAGUCCCUAAACC